AUGGUCUGCAUGGCAUUUUCUCCCAUUUUGUGGUUAUCACUGCUGUAUAAUCCAUUUUCAUUUUUUUCAGAGCAGUUGAACAGAUUUGCAGGCUUUGGUAUUGGUCUAGCAAGCCUAUUUACAGAAAAUGUGUUGGCACACCCUUGCAUUGUUCUACGUCGUCAGUGUCAGGUUAACUAUCAUGCUCGGAAUUACAAUCUCACUCCAUUUACUAUUGUCAAUAUUAUGUACAGCAUCAAUAAGACACAGGGUCCAAGAGCUCUCUGGAAAGGAAUGGGCAGCACUUUCAUUGUUCAGGGCAUAACCCUGGGAACAGAAGGCAUCAUCAGUGAAUUUACACCUUUGCCAAGGGAGCUUUCACAUAAAUGGAACCUCAAGCAGAUAGGUGGACACCUUCUACUCAAAGGUUUAACACAUGUGAUAGCAAUGCCUUUUUAUUCUGCGAGCCUGAUUGAAACUGUACAGAGCGAAAUCAUUCGAGAUAAUCCUGGCAUCCUGGACUGUGUGAAAGAAGGAAUCGGCAGAGUUGUAGGCAUGGGAGUACCCCAUAGCAAGCGUCUCCUUCCCCUGAUGGUCUUGACUUUUCCAACUGCUCUUCAUGGAGUUCUUCACUAUGUCAUCAGUUCCAUCGUCCAGAAGCUUGUUUUGUUUGUUCUGAAAAGGGAUAAUUCCCACAACCGUCCAACCGAGAGCUCCACUUCUGUGCAGAGCAUGCUGGAUGCAUAUUUUCCAGAACUUAUUGCUAGCUUUGCUGCUAGCCUUUGUGCUGAUGUCAUGCUUUACCCACUGGAGACAGUUUUACACCGCCUUCAUAUUCAAGGGACACGCACCAUAAUUGACAAUACAGACCUUGGCUAUGAAGUGCUUCCUAUCAAUACUCAGUAUGAGGGAAUGAGAGACUGUAUAAAUACUAUAAAACGGGAAGAAGGAAUGCUAGGUUUUUAUAAAGGGUUUGGAGCUGUUAUAGUACAGUAUACCUUGCAUGUGGCAGUUUUACAGCUUACCAAAAUUAUGUACUCAACACUGCUUCAAAAUGUUUCUUAAUCUGUUCAGGUGUGGAUUUAGCACAGUGGACAUGAUUGACUUACUAGCCUAAUUAUUGUUUAAAAUGGCUUAGAAAAUGAAAUUUGAAGAAUCCACUCUAUGGAUUCUCCUUACACUGUAAAAACUUGUUUUAAAAAUGGGGAUAUAGAUACCUAAGUGUAAUUAAAAAAAGUACUGUUUGAAGUUACAGACACAAAUAUAUAAUGUGCAGUCAUAAAGAAGGGUAUCAGAUUUCAAAUGUGGUUGGAGUGAGGAUUUACCCUUCCUCUGACCAGUUAACUGGCUUAAGGAAUGGAUAUGAAUUCUUAAUCUCUGCUUUAUAAACAUUACAUCUGAUACUGAAUUUGGACUGCUAGCCAGCUCAAAGGAGUUUAUUUUCAUAAGUUGUAAGAACUUACAAGUCGGAGACUGGUGGAUUUAUUGGUCUUUUAAACAUGUUUUCAACUUCACUGUUAAUGGAGCUUUGAGCAAAAUAAAAACUGUAAAAGUAACUUAAGUAGACAUAAAUGUCAUAAUUUACAGGUAUACAGAAGACAUCUUAAUUUGCUGCAGUGUGGCAGAGGAGAAUGAUGAGAAAUAAUUGCUUUGUACAAAAUAACAGCAACUUGGGUUUGGGCAAAGUUGGACAGAAUGCAGAUUUGGCUGUCUUGCAGUUUGUUAGCAAGGCUUACAGUAACUAAAGUGUGUGAAUAAAGCAAAUGAGAAAC